AUGGUGGAGCCAGGACAAGAUUUACUGCUUGCUGCUUUGAGUGAGAGUGGAAUUAGUCCAAAUGACCUUUUUGAUAUCGAUGGCGGAGAUGCGGGGCUUGCAACUCCAGCCCCUACCCCUUCAGUUCACCAGUCAGUGCCACUUAGUACAUUAGAACUAGGUUUGGAGACUGAAGCAGAAGUUCCUGUUAAACAAGAACCAGAGACGGUACCUACUCCAGCACUGUUAAAUGUUAGGCAACAGCCUCCAUCUACAACAACAUUUGUGCUGAAUCAAAUAAAUCAACUUCCGACCUUGGGAUCUACAAUUGUAAUGACUAAAACACCACCUGUAACAACGAAUAGGCAAACCAUCACUUUAACAAAGUUUAUCCAGACCUCUGCAAACACACGCCCUUCGGUCUCAGUACCAGCAGUACGAAAUGCCAUGCCCUCUGCACCUUCAAAAGACCAGGUUCAACUGAAGGACCUUCUGAAAAAUAAUAGUCUGAAUGAACUCAUGAAACUGAAGCCACCAGCUAAUAUCGCUCAGCCAGUGGCAACAGCAGCUACUGAUGUAAGCAACGGCACAGUAAAGAAAGAGUCUUCUAAUAAAGAAGUAGCAAGAAUAUGGAUAAAUGACAUGAAGAUGAGGAGUUUUUCCCCGACCAUGAAGGUUCCUGUUGUAAAAGAGGAAGAUGAACCAGAGGAAGAAGAUGAAGAAGAAAUGGGUCAUGCGGAAACCUACGCAGAGUACAUGCCAAUAAAAUUAAAAAUUGGGCUACGUCACCCUGAUGCUGUGGUGGAAACUAGUUCUUUAUCCAGUGUUACUCCUCCUGAUGUUUGGUACAAAGCAUCCAUUUCUGAAGAAACCAUUGACAAUGGUUGGUUGUCAGCAUUACAACUUGAGGCAAUUACAUAUGCAGCCCAGCAACAUGAAACAUUCCUACCUAAUGGAGAUCGUGCGGGCUUCUUAAUAGGUGAUGGUGCUGGCGUAGGGAAAGGAAGGACAAUAGCAGGAAUCAUCUAUGAAAAUUAUUUGUUGAGCAGAAAACGAGCAUUGUGGUUCAGUGUUUCUAAUGAUUUGAAAUAUGAUGCUGAGAGAGAUUUGAGGGAUAUUGGAGCAAAAAACAUUUUGGUCCAUUCAUUAAAUAAGUUUAAGUAUGGAAAAAUUUCUUCCAAACAUAAUGGGAGUGUGAAAAAGGGUGUGAUUUUUGCCACCUAUUCUUCCCUUAUUGGAGAGAGUCAGUCUGGCGGUAAAUACAAAACAAGGCUAAAGCAGCUUCUGCAUUGGUGUGGUGAUGACUUUGAUGGCGUGAUAGUGUUUGAUGAGUGUCAUAAAGCAAAAAACUUAUGUCCUGUUGGUUCUUCAAAGCCAACCAAGACAGGCUUAGCAGUUCUAGAGCUUCAGAACAAAUUGCCAAAAGCCAGAGUUGUUUAUGCUAGUGCCACUGGUGCUUCCGAACCACGAAACAUGGCCUACAUGAACCGUCUUGGAAUAUGGGGUGAAGGAACUCCAUUUAGAGAAUUCAGUGAUUUUAUUCAAGCAGUGGAACGGAGAGGUGUUGGUGCCAUGGAAAUAGUUGCUAUGGAUAUGAAGCUUAGAGGAAUGUACAUUGCUCGACAGCUGAGCUUUACUGGAGUGACCUUCAAAAUUGAGGAAGUUCUUCUUUCUCAGAGCUAUGUAAAAAUGUACAACAAAGCAGUCAAGCUGUGGGUCAUUGCAAGAGAGCGGUUUCAGCAAGCUGCGGAUCUUAUUGAUGCUGAGCAGCGCAUGAAGAAGUCCAUGUGGGGUCAGUUCUGGUCUGCUCACCAGAGGUUUUUCAAAUACUUGUGCAUAGCAUCCAAAGUCAAGAGAGUUGUGCAGCUGGCUCGAGAGGAAAUCAAGAAUGGAAAAUGUGUUGUAAUUGGCCUGCAGUCCACAGGAGAAGCCAGAACCUUAGAAGCCUUGGAAGAGGGCGGGGGAGAGCUGAAUGAUUUUGUUUCAACGGCCAAAGGAGUGUUGCAGUCACUCAUCGAAAAACACUUCCCUGCUCCAGACAGGAAAAAGCUUUAUAGUUUGCUGGGAAUCGAUUUGACAGCUCCAAGUAACAACAGUUCACCAAGGGACAGUCCUUGUAAAGAAAAUAAAAUAAAGAAGCGGAAAGGUGAAGAAAUAACUCGAGAAGCCAAGAAAGCACGGAAAGUGGGAGGCCUCACUGGGAGCAGCUCUGACGACAGCGGGAGCGAAUCCGAGGCCUCUGAUAACGAAGAGAGUGACUAUGCGAGUUCCAAGAACCUGAGUUCUGGAGAUGACGAUGACUUCAACCCGUUCAGAGAUGAGUCCAGUGAGGACGAUGAGGAUGAUCCUUGGUUAAUCAGAAAAGACCACAAGAAAAACAAAGAUAAAAAAAGAAAGAAAAGUAUAGAUCCAGAUUCUAUUCAAAGUGCCUUAUUAGCAUCAGGUCUUGGAUCAAAGCGACCUAGUUUUUCGUCCACACCAGUUAUUUCACCCGCUCCUAACAACGCACCAGCUAACAGCAAUACCAACAGCAACAGCAGCCUUAUAACAAGUCAGGAUGCCGUGGAAAGGGCCCAGCAAAUGAAGAAAGACCUACUUGAUAAACUAGAAAAAUUAGCUGAAGACCUCCCUCCUAAUACUUUGGAUGAGCUGAUUGAUGAGCUUGGCGGUCCUGAGAAUGUUGCUGAGAUGACGGGCCGCAAGGGGAGGGUCGUAAGCAACGAUGAUGGAAGCAUAUCUUAUGAGUCAAGAUCUGAACUUGACGUCCCUGUGGAAAUAUUAAAUAUCACAGAAAAACAAAGGUUUAUGGAUGGAGAUAAGAAUAUUGCUAUCAUCUCGGAAGCUGCCAGCUCAGGUAUUUCAUUACAAGCAGAUCGGAGAGCCAAGAAUCAACGACGGCGAGUUCACAUGACUUUGGAGUUGCCCUGGAGUGCAGACAGAGCCAUUCAGCAGUUUGGACGAACGCAUAGAUCAAACCAAGUUACUGCACCUGAAUAUGUCUUUCUAAUUUCUGAAUUGGCGGGAGAACAAAGAUUUGCAUCUAUUGUUGCUAAAAGACUUGAGAGUUUGGGGGCACUUACACAUGGUGACAGAAGAGCAACAGAAUCCAGAGAUUUGAGCAGGUUCAACUUUGACAAUAAGUACGGAAGAAAUGCAUUAGAAAUUGUCAUGAAAUCCAUUGUAAACCUAGAUUCUCCUAUGGUAUCACCACCUCCAGACUACCCUGGAGAAUUCUUCAAAGAUGUUCGGCAAGGACUGAUAGGGGUUGGCCUGAUAAAUGUAGAAGAUCGCUCAGGAAUUCUAACUCUAGAUAAAGAUUAUAACAACAUUGGGAAAUUCCUGAAUAGAAUUUUGGGUAUGGAGGUGCACCAACAGAAUGCGUUAUUUCAGUAUUUUGCAGACACACUCACUGCAGUUGUUCAAAAUGCCAAAAAAAAUGGAAGAUAUGAUAUGGGAAUCUUAGAUCUGGGUUCUGGAGAUGAGAAAGUGAGGAAAAGUGACGUUAAGAAGUUUCUGACUCCAGGAUAUUCAACCUCUGGUCAUGUAGAGUUAUAUACAAUUAGUGUAGAGAGAGGGAUGUCCUGGGAGGAAGCUACCAAGAUUUGGGCUGAGCUCACAGGACCAGAUGAUGGCUUUUACUUGUCACUGCAGAUAAGGAACAACAAGAAGACUGCCAUCUUAGUUAAAGAAGUGAACCCAAAAAAGAAGCUUUUCUUAGUCUACAGACCAAAUACUGGGAAACAACUCAAAUUAGAAAUUUAUGCUGAUUUAAAGAAGAAAUAUAAGAAGGUCGUCUCGGAUGAUGCCCUGGUUCACUGGUUAGAUCAGUAUAAUUCAUCUGCAGACACUUGUACUCAUGCUUAUUGGCGUGGCAAUUGUAAAAAAGCAAGCUUGGGAUUAGUUUGUGAAAUAGGUCUUCGUUGCCGCACGUAUUAUGUAUUAUGUGGCUCAGUACUGAGCGUCUGGACAAAAGUUGAGGGUGUUCUAGCAUCUGUCAGUGGCACAAACGUGAAAAUGCAGAUAGUUCGGCUGAGAACAGAGGAUGGACAGCGGAUUGUAGGUCUGAUCAUCCCUGCAAAUUGUGUGGCUCCUCUUGUAAAUCUCCUGUCAACUUCAGACCAGUCUCAACAGCUUGCGGUCCAACAGAAACAGCUCUGGCAGCAGCGCCACCCCCAGAGCAUUGCCAGCUUGAGCAACGCAUAA